AUGGCGGGCGAGGUUCGCCAACCCAUCGACGUCGGCUCGCUGUCGAGCUACAUCGACGCGAACGUGCCGGAGAUCAAGACGCCGAUUGACGUCAAACAGUUCGGAUACGGCCAGUCGAACCCGACCUACCUGCUCACGUCGCAGCCGACGGGCGGGCGCUUCGUGCUGCGCAAGAAGCCGCCGGGGCAGCUGCUGUCCAAGACGGCGCACAAGGUCGACCGCGAGUACCGCAUCAUCGCGGCGCUGUCGCGGCACACGGACGUGCCGGUGCCGCGGGCGUACUGCCUGUGCGAGGACGACGCCGUCAUCGGGACGGCCUUCUACAUCAUGGAGUUCCUCGACGGCCGCAUCUUCGAGGACCCCAGCAUCCCCGGCGUGAGCGUCGCGGAGCGGACCGCCAUGUGGCACGACGCGGUGCGCACGCUCGCCAAGUUCCACCGCGUCGAGCCCGCGGCCGUCGCGCUGGCGGGCUACGGCAAGCCCGCGGGCUUCUUCGACCGGCAGCUCGCCACCUUCGCCACCAUCUCGCAGGCGCAGGCGCAGGCGGCCGACGUCGACACGGGCGCGCCCGUCGGCCAGAUCCCGCACUACGACGCCAUGGUCGCCUUCUUCCGCGACGGGGCCACGCAGCCGCGCGACCGCAGCGGCUUCGUGCACGGCGACUACAAGAUCGACAACGUCGUCUUCCACAAGACGGAGCCGCGCGUCGUCGGCAUCCUCGACUGGGAAAUGUCCACCAUCGGGCACCCGCUGUCCGACCUCUCCAACCUGCUCAACCCCUUCGUCACCGCCGCCAGCGGCGUCAGCAUCGGCGCCGGCGGCAAGGGCACGCAGUCGUUCCAGCCGGGAGCGACGCCCGGCCUCCCUACGCACGAUGAGCUCGUGCGUCUGUACGCCGAGACGGCAGGCUGGGAUCCGGCGCCGGAAAUUGUGUGGGGGGAAGCGUUCAAUCUGUAUCGCGGUGCGGUGAUUUUGCAGGGCAUCGCGGCGAGGUAUGCGAAGCGCCAGGCGAGUUCGCUGAAGGCGAAGGAUUACGGCGCGGGCAUGAAGCCGAUGGGCGAGCUGGCUUGGAAGUUGGUGCAGGAGAUCAAGCAAGGGAAGGCGAAAUCGAAGUUAUAG